GUGUGUUUACGUGGAGACGAAGAUGGCGGCGGCAAUGACGGCGUUGCCCGUGCGGCGGAGGACGGUCAGCCAGUGAGCGCGGAGACUGGUUCCAGUCCGGGCGGAGGAGGGCCGGACCCGGCCCUGCUCCCUGGGCUUGAGGUUCCCACCUCCGUCUGAACCGACCUUUCCUUCCUACCCCCCGACCCUCUCUCUGUCUUCCUCCAGCUUUCCCCGCAGAGGCCAUGGAGGACGAGGAGAGACAGAAGAAGCUCGAGGCGGGCAAAGCAAAGCUUGCCCAGUUUCGACAAAGGAAAGCUCAAUCUGAUGGGCAGAAUCCUUCUAAGAAGCAGAAAAAAAAGAGGAAAACUUCAAGCAGUAAACAUGAUGUGUCAGCAUAUCAUGCUUUGAAUGUUGAGCAAUCACAGAGUGAUGAGAUGUACACGAAUAGUUCUCAAAGAGUAGCAUCAGAUGUGACUCCUGAAUCCACAAUAAUGAAAACUUUACACAGUGGAGAAAUGAUCAAACAUGACCAGGUCUUCUCUGUUGAACCGGAAAGUGAAAUUUCAACCACAGCAGAUGAUUGUAGUUCAGAGGUAAAUGGUUGCAGUUUUGUGGUGGGAGCAGAAAAGCCUACAAAUUAUUAA